CUUCCUGCAGCGCCCGGGUGCUUCCUAGAAGGCGCGACACGGGCACUCCGAUCCAGGUCUCCUAUAUAUAUACUCUCCGGCGGAGAGGUUAAUCGGUUGCGCGCAGGAUUAUAUUCUCCUCGGAGUCGCUCGGACGGUGGACCGUGCACGCGGAAGACGUUUCUUCACAAUGUCGACGAAUACACGGUUGGCCGCGUUGUUCGUGGUGGCAGCCCUGCUAUGCGCCAGGACGUCGGGUCAGGGCAAUUCGUAUUCGGUCAGCAGCUUCCACCACGAGAGCUUCGGCCCCGACGGCGUGGUGACGGGCCGCUCGGGCUACAAGGACUCGUCCGGCAAGAGCCGCUUCACGCAAUACCAGGUGGGCAAGGACGGCAGGCGUAAGUUCAUCCGCGACGACCCCGAGGGCGACAUCGAGUCCAGGAGCCUGCUGCCGGACCCGUCCAAGAUCGGCUUCAACUUCCCCGGAGGAUUCCCCGGCUUCGGAGACCCGCAUGUCAACUUUUUCAAGGCUCUGGGCUUCCCGAAGGGCACCUUCUUCCCCACUUUCCCCCAGGACCUGCUGCCUCGCGACCUCCUGCCAUCCUCUGGAGACAGCGGAUCCGGAGGCUUCGGUCAAGGAGUGCAAGGUCGCAAGGGCACCGGGAACAACUUCCCAACCACGUCGACAACCGACUUCUUCAGUGGGUCUCUACUACCACCACUCAUCGACACGCAAUACUUUUUCCCGCCCGACCUGCUUCCGCGAGAGCUGCAGACAACACCGUCAACUGCAGCCGGCGAGGACAAGCCAGCUCGUCCCGCUCCGGGUGCUGCUGUGGCACCUGGCCUCGUGCAGACGCCACCGCCUCAGGGCAAGCGGAUCCCUCCGCCACCAGUGCCUAGGCAACAGGCAAAUGAACGUUACAGUCUGCAGUGACAAAGGGCAAAACAAGUUGCAGCAUGUCGAUGCCUCCUCCUCUCAGGCGGGAAGCUGGCUGGGUGUCGCCACUCUGAAUUUCACAAAUGUAAGCCAGGUACUCUUAGAACCACCAUCCAUGGACAAAUAACAUGAAUGUGUCCUAACCCCAUAUCACAAAAUGCAUUUUGGACUUCGAAGUAUGAGGUGAGGGGCAGCACACCUUGACUGAAGAUGUCGCUGUGGUUUAAUGUUACUUCUUGGCAAUUCCUGUGAUGAUUUUCUUGAGGGACACCACUUUGUACCAAUGCCUUCCAGUAAGAAUUUCCAGAUGUCCCAACUACAAAAACAAUUCUGUAAUCGCUCAGUGGCAUUAUUGCAGUGCAGCAACAUAAGCUGAGGGGCGGCACUUCCUGCCGAUCUGUGCAUUUCAGGAAGAUCUUCGAGUCAAGAAUGCAUUCUUGAGCACGGAUGCAGGUGCUUUCUUUAGUGGACGGUGCUAGAGCCAAUCCGUAGGCAGUAAAGCAGUCAUUUAGAUGUGUUUGAUGUUGCCUGUAUGUGUUAAAGCUUUUGGUUACAGUACUCAAUUACAAGACAUGUUUUCAAGGUAGCUUGCACACAACAUCAUGGGUGUAGGAAAGAGAUCCCAAGACCCAUGGACGAGAUUCACCAGGUUAGUGAUCCCUUAACUGCGGUCAUGAUGAUUAAGUACAAACCAUCAAUAAGUACUACGGCAUCUUCUAGCCUCCAUUAUUAUCUAGGCAAUGUAAGCUGCCUAUGCAUAUUAAUGAAGACAAGUAACAAAAACAAUUGAAAUAAGCCUGAACUGCUUGUUAGAAAAACUAUUAUGAUGGCAGAAUCUUCAGUAUUUAUAUAUAAGUUGGUUAAGCUAUAAAAUAGUUUAGCUACUUGCUCUUUGAAAACUCACAAUACAAGUCGAAAGAUGCAUACACCACUCCGCCAAGGCCUCAAGGCCCAUACUUUGCAAACUUCAAGGCCCAAACUUCCUUUCAGAAGUAUACUUUGGUUCAUUACAGCACUUGUGCUUCAAUGCAGCGUCAAGUAGUUCACACCUAAGUGCUUAAAAAGGGAUAUCUUCUACAAGUCAUUUUUUUUUAUUAAGAAAAGAUCCCACUGCUAUAAACAUGAAACAUUUUUUUUCUAAUCUGGCACACAUUAGAGCGCUCCAGAUAGUUUACUAUAAUGCUUUUUUCUACGAGCCAGUUUUGGUUUCCAUACUCAAGACGUGAAUGCAUAAUAAUGUUACAAUAUAAACUGGAUUGCACCAUUUCUGCAAUCACUGCAGCUGCCACAUGCGACUACAGCCAGAAUAAACAUGGGCAGCACUAAAUUUUUUUUAGGAACGGUGUUGUCAUAUCUAGCCUUAUUGCCACCAAAUGUCAGCAAAAUUUUGCUGUGUGUCAUGGCACCCCGAUCACAUCGAUGCCAGGUCCAGCAUUUAGAGACCAACCUCGGUAAAUAUACAAUAUUAUUAUGUUUCCCAACUUUCAUACUAGCUCAAUUACAUCCUUUAAAGUGCAAGAUGCAUAUUAUGGAGCUUCUGCAACUUCGAGAAUAAGUGUCAGUAAUCAUUUAACACGUACUAAAGUACACCAUGGCCAAGGUGCAAUUUAUUAUUAGGCACGGUGUGUUAAGGACAUUCUACAUGUCUCUUUAUAUGUAUAUUUGUAUGACAGACUACAGUAUAACGCAACAUAUUUUAAGCAACUCCCUUAGAGCAUCAGUGCGGUGACAUUCAGCAAGUUUCUUGUCAAUACAAAUAGCCAAAAUGUCCCUAAUUUGUACUAGCUUCAGUGAGAGUUUUUCUUCCACACCAGUCUGGCUUUUGUCAGAACUGCACCAGAAGAUCCUUGCCUGCCAAAGAAUCGUGCACUUGUCAUACCAAUCACCUCUAUGUCGCAAAGCCUUAUUUUUUACAGUGAAUAAAAGCUCCAAAUUAUGGGGGAAAAAAAAUAAUAAACAAGUUUCAAACAUUA